AUGGCACGCGCGGGCAUGCUGCACAAAGGCGGAAAAAAUGGAGCUGAAGGGUGCGAUGACGUGCAGCGUUCUCUGGAGUUGUUAGACCAAGUGCUGAGCGAGUACGACGAGGGCGAGCCGCGGUCGCUGGAGGCACGAGCCAGCGCCACCGCCGCGACGCCGGCCACCCCAGCCACGCCGGCCACCGACGACGACUCGCCACUCGCCGGACAUACGUCCGAGGACGAUGGAUACAUGAGCAUGAACGGACGGAGAGCGAAAUUCGCACUGGGCUUUCGACCGACAGAGGAGCGCGAAGAGCCUUCCCCUCCAGACCUGGUUUCGCCUCAUUCACCCCCACCGCCUGAAGAAGCCGAAAGAAUUAUUUCUACACUAUUGCCAAAAGUUUCCCCAGCCAACUCUGCUAAACGCACAAUUUCAAUAGAGCGGCGAGAUGCUGAAGACAAACUCGAUUCUAUUAUUAGUGUCAAUGGCAUCACUACUGCAACGCAAACAACAUUUCCAAAAACGAGGCAUCAACGACCUUAUGGAUGGGAAAAGGAUAUUGACUCAAAUAAUAUCCAAUUUUGUCAACCGCCUGCGCCACCGUUUAAGUUUAGUUCUCUUCAACACGGCACGAGACCGCCACAGCCUGAUGGUACGCCGUCGUGGUUACCUCCAAGACACGGUGUGCCUCCACUAGCUGUCAAGUCACCUAGUCUUGAAAACCCACCAAUGUUUCCGUUUAUGGGUUUUUCGAGUGAUUUUAAUGAUAAGCCGUAUAACGAACACCCAGUCACUAUCUACCCGGGACCUAAUAAACAAUAUAGUAGACAGUCACAGUCACCUACUUACAAAAUUUCACCGUCCAAUAUAAAAACUGUAGAUAAGAAAAAUACCUCCAAGCGCGAUAGCAGAUCGGACGAUGAAAUUUUGUCGCCGAAAACAAGAAUACCUCCGCGGACUCUCGCCGGUUCUAUGGAGCGACAUAGAGAAGUGUGUAGAGGAUCUUCGGAGGAUAUAAUGGAGAUUUAUAAGUCAAGAGGUUCGAACAAAAGCAAUGACGACGAGCAUUUCUCGGAUGAUUCGUUGGAAGAGUCAUUCCCUCCGCCGCCGCCUACCGUUAAUACGCCUUCGAAACGUAAUUCCAUAGCAUGGGAAGUGUCUCUCGAUGGUGACGAUCCUCUACUUACGCCAGGCAGUACAAAGGUGAUUGGAAGACGCAGAAGGAAAUCAGGCGACCAAUCUCACUCCAGUACUAGUUCCAUUCCUCAGAGAUUAGAUGACGACUGGGGUGAAGAAUAUUGGCCCCCACCUCCAUCUCUAUCUCAGUGUGACAGUCAAGCGUCCCCACCAUCAGACACUGAUCCUGAAAUUCGACGAUCACACGAUCUUGCUUGUGGAACAUAUGUUAUAAGAAAAGGCAAAAAUCGGAAACAGCUACCAACCUUUGCGAAAAAUGGCAGCAGUAAAGCAAACAAUUCUAGCAACUUAAUACAGAGUCAUAGUCUAAAUAGGAGCACUGAUAAAUCGAUAGAUGGAUCAAGUAUAUCCAUAAGCGGCUCGGGAUCUGUUGGAUCGUACAAUUCUAGACCGAGUUCUGAUUUAAGCCUACCUCAGUCUAGAUAUAGCGUCGACUUAAACUCUAGGUUGAGUCGAGAACUUAACACUCCUAAUUCAAGAUAUAGCAUAGAUUUAUGUACACCGAAUUCUAGAUUAAGUAAAGAGAUGACAUCACCUAAAUCGAGACUAAGUUUGGAUCUUACUAACAGCCAGGAUAGAUAUAUUAAUCAAGAUUAUUAUGGUCACAGUCCUAAAAGUAGAAAGACGCCAUCUGAUAAACGAGAAUCCAAAAGCGUCACUCAAAAUAAACUUUCACCACAAAAUAGAUUUACCGAUUUCAAAAAGUAUUCAUCCACCUUUGAUAACAUCCAAUCAUUAAUUAAGGAGGGCAAAGUAGAAGAAGCACCACAACAUGAAUGUAACGAGACUGUAAGUGAGCUCUCUACUGUUCCACCGAAUAUAGUACGCGUCAUAUCUUUACCGGCCUUAGGGGCGGAAUCCGAAAGCAAUAGUGCGAGUCGACAAGCCCUCAUCACUACUGUAGAAGAAGAAGAGGAUCAAGAAAGCGGAGAACCAGGUUCAAGCGGUGAGACUUCGCCGCUUCGAAAAAUUGAGAAUAAUAUAAGUGCUAUAUUAAGCCACGGCCGGGACCACUUUACCCCCUACUUACCUAAAGACUGGAAUAUCCAUAAGGAUGAAUACUGUGAUGAAGUAUCUAAAGAUAUAUUAGAAAACAAUUUCCGUUAUAGUUCUAGGGAAAGACAGAAGAGACAUGAUAUACAAAAAUCAUCGAGCCACAACGAAAUUCAAAAUCAGAGGUCUAUAGAGAGACGAGACCGGUCUUCAGGUCGACGGUCUAAUAGCAUGCAUAAGUCAACGAGCGCGAAGGAUGUCCCCGUAAGCUUAAUGCGUCAGCCAUCUUCUUCAGAUUCCGCUGUGUCUAGUGGCGGUGACUUCCCAUUAAAUGUACAGAUAGUCGAACACUCCUAUAGACAUAAUCAAUUACCCCCCUCCCCAAAUCUGGGUCACGAUAUGGGCCCUUUACCCCAGACACCGGAGUCACCAAAAUUUCCGCCCUUACCCCCCUCUCCUGUACAAGAGGUUGAGGAUGAGUACACAGAAAUCAUGCAACCGACAGAAAGACGUCACGUUAAAAAAGCAGAUACAUUACCAACUCCGACGUUGGAGUCGAGACGAAGGCCAUCUGAACCCCCAGCGGUACCACCUCAUAGAGAUGCAACAAACAGUCUUAAAACGAGAUCAAUGGAAACCAGUUAUAACAAAAAUAGGAGAAACAGUAACUUUAAAAGUGGAUCUACUGACAGAAGAACCUUACCUACAGAUACUGGAGCCAGUGGCGCUCGCCGUCGUACAUUGCAGCGACAAAAUCGAGAAGCAUCUACUGGAAGAGGACAGCUACAGACGUCGGCGAGUUUACCCGAAACUCCUGUAUUUGCUCGCGGCUGUGACGUCCCACGUACACCACCGCGAAAUUCAACGGGGCCUCCAAGAAAUAACACUAUGAAUUCCAUGCAAACCAUCGGGAGUAGUGUGACAUUAGGAGGAUACGGUCGAGGCUCUGUAAUGGGCACCUCCGGGGUGUGCACGGGAGCUGACCUGCUAAGAAUGGGCGGUCCACCACGAGGCUGGUAUCCGCGACAAAGGCAUCGGCCGGCCUCUAUUGAACACCUGGACAGAAUAUCGUCAUCAAAAAUGGCAGCCGAUCAUGCAGUGACAUGGGACAAUUCCGCCGCUCGGAAACCGCUUACGUUACCGCCGAACUUAACCCCAAAAUUCUUUCAAAAAUCACCCAGAGAAGCUCUUCGAAGAGUUACGAGCUUAUUAAUACGAAAAGGUAACAAUGGGAAGGAAAAAGAGAGUACCCGAAACAAGGAGGCUACAUCACCAGCGGCGCGAUCUGCCAACGGUGAGGAGCAUCCGGGCCAGAAGCAACGUAAAGGAUUCUUUAGAAACCUAUGGAAAAAAUCUAGGCAUUAUUCGUUAGAACAUCCAUGA